AUGACAGAAACUACGGAUUUGACUCAAUUAUCGUAUGAGGACGCACGUGCCAAGUUGAAGAAAUGGAGAGAAUGCGGUGUUCGUCGUAGUGAGGAGGUCGUUGAGAUCUGGGAGCACAUCAUCUCUCGGUCGCCAGCGUCGCUUGGUGAUGAGCAGUGGGCGGUGUUGGAACAGGUUUGCAUCGCUGGUCUCGACGCGGCACGUGUCGAUUUGGCUCAAGAAUGCAUCGAUUCCCUUCAUGCUCAAUUUCCAAAGAGUAACCGUGUCCUCAAGCUGAAAGCGAUGCAAUUGGAGGCCACCGAACAUUACCAAAAGGCACUGGAAAUCUAUGAUCGACUUGUCGAGGAGGAUCCAAAUAAUAAUAGCUAUCGCAAGCGAAAAGUCGCUGUUCUUCUUGCUCAAGGUAAGCGAUUGGAUGCGAUUCGUGCUAUCAAUGAGUACCUCAAGAUUUUCCUGAACGAUCCGGAGGCAUGGCUUCAGCUCAGCGAGUUGUUCCUUCAGGAGAAUGACGUGGCGAAGGCAGUGCACUGUCUUGAAGAGUGUGUUCUCAUUCAGCCACUCAAUUCAAUGUAUUUCAGACGGUUGGGAGAUUUGAGAUAUACUCAGGGUGGCGCCGAGAACAUCGAACUGGCUCGUGCCUACUACGAGCGCGCUCUCAAAAUCAAUCCGACCGAUUUGAGAUCUCAAUAUGGAAUUCUGUUGAGCAACAACCAAAUCGCCUCAACGACGAAAAAUGCGUCGGAGAAGAAGAAGGCCGGAACCGCCGCCGUCGACGCGAUCGAUAAUUUGGUUAAUCGCUAUCAGAAGAUCAGCCCAAAAAGCAAUCCGGAAUCCGAUGGAAUUCUCAACUGUCUGGAGGCGAUGAAAGUGACCGUCGGAAGUAAAUAA